AUGCAGCAUUCCAAGCAGAAGCAUACCCCGUCCAACGUCAAGUUCGUCACCAAGUUGAUCGAAAGGACCCUAGAUGAUCUCGGAUACCCUGAAUUGCUGGCUCAAUUGUAUCAACAAGCUUAUCAACCCCAAUCGCCUCUGUUAUGGGAGUCGAAUCCUGAUGAUAGUCUGACAAAGACUGUGCAUAGCCUUUGCUCCCAAUUAUAUAAUUGUCGAUACUCGGAGGUAGCUGAUUUCCUUACCAAGCAAAUCAAGGCUCACUCCAAUAAUGAGUUGAGUCAGCUUGUGGCGCCUACACGCGAGCCGGGUUUGGUGGCAAUGAUCAUCCUUUAUUUGGUACAGCGGUUUCAGUUCGUCGAUCAUAUUUUGUUUGGCUCUCCGAGCUCGUCGUCUGAGUUGAUGAAAUUUGUUGACACGGUAUUAUUUGAUACCCUCGAUUGUCUUCAGCCCUCGCUUGAAGAAGUUCUUCGCAACCCCAAUGGUUCUUCUACUCGUGUCACCGAAAUAUUUGACCGUAACGUGUUGAUGAACUUAAACCGUGAUGCAGAGCUGAAGAUAUUAACAGCACUUAUAUUGGACCUGCCGUUUGAUGAAGGCGCUGUUCGAGAAGCAGUGAAACUGGCAAAGUAUUCCUUUGGAUUUGGCAUUCAAUCAAGCACCGAACUCACCAGUCGUGAGCUUAUGGCACAGUUACUAGUGGAUACAUUGCUUGCUCGAGCAUUCAAUCAACCCCAUCGUCGUGUCCUUGCUGGUCCCCCGGUGGACAUUCCGUCCAACUAUCUCGAAACUCUUUUGGAGUAUGCUAACUUGUGGCAAGAUCAACAGAAUCCGUAUUACCUUCCUCCAAGGACCCGAUUGGAGGCAUCCAUGUUGAACAAUAAUGACCCGUAUUUUGCUAUUCGUCAUCCAUUGAUUGCAACUAAUGACGACUCUUGCGACAGUAAUAGCGCCCCCUUUCUGCUAUUAUACGAUUUAAGACAACAUUCGAACCAGGUAUGGUUUGCCAAGUUUUCCCCACUGGGUAAAUGGCUCCUCACUGGUAGUCGUGAUGGAAAGCUCAUCGUUUAUGACGUUCUUCGGGACUUCAAAGUGAUUCGUACGCUUGAAACCACCAAAGCACUUGACGCACAAGCUUUACGUCAGCCUGGUGACUCAAAUUCCCUACGUCCUGUGGUGGGAAAACUCCGCCUGGUGCGGGCAUGUUGCUGGGAUGAAUCUGAGAAGUAUGUCGUGGCUUGCUAUAUGGAUGGUAUGGUACGAGUGUGGAAUGUUGGCUUUCUUGAUGAGUCAUCCAACCGAGUACCUCGUCGGCCAGUAUCUGACUCUAUGGUAAGCGCAGGUCCGACUACAGAGCAGAAAUUAGUGCUGUGUUUUAUGAUGGUUGGAUUGGCCGAGCUGGUUAUAAACCCCACAUCAUGUGCUUUCAUUGGACCGGACAAGUUUAUUGUUGGUAGCGAUGGCAAAGCAUUAAGAGCAUUCGAUGUACAAGGAACAGAGCUUUUUGACUUCUAUGGUAAUAUUGACGGUGCUGAUGAUGAUGAAGAUGUCUCUGGCGACGCCGACGACGAUUUAGGGCUUAGUCUGGACGAUGAAGUGACGGAUCCCAAAGCCAGACCUCGUCUGUUUGCUCAGAAGCUCACAGGGGUGCUUAAUCGCAUUAAUGCAUUGGCUGUCACCCCUAACAAAAGAUUCGUGGUAACGACUGACACCCUGCAGAAAAUACAAUUCUUUUCGAUUCCUGAGCUGUUUGGGCCUGAGGCACUGACUGAAGUUGUUUGCCUGUUUAUCAUAGCACAACGAACGGAUGCUUGUUGCAUCCUGGCACUGGGACGUCAGUUACUUGUCUCUGUUGGUGAUGGUGAGCUCCACUUAUUCAACAUUGAUCCCCUUAAUGACUCUGGCGGUGAAGUGAGCAAUGGUCCGUUUCAAGUACAACUUCCUUACUUGGAGCGUAAGUUUUACGGACAUUCUUGCGCAAAAGAUCUGCUCCGUGCUUGUUUCGGCUACAAUGUAGAACCCACUGGAAAUGAUGAAUUAGUAUUAUGUGGGUCCGAUGAUGGCGCUAUCUUUGUCUGGAAAGCACGUACAGGCCAGCUCAUGUUGCGCAUUGCUGGCCAUGAAGGCCCGUGCAAUAUGGUUGAUUGGAAUACUAACGGCUUCGUGCGGACAGGUGCCGAAGGUCUCACUCGUGACUACGGUAAACUUUGGUGUCUGGUGGGAGACGACGGUUUCGUGAAGAUCUGGGGCCCUUCUAACUGGUUCCAAUGA